AUGGCUUCUGAAAGCAUUGGAGACUAUACGGGGCAUUGGUCUUCAUGGUCAGCGUCAUCAUCACAAUGUUCAGUGGACACAACUGAUUGUUUAAAGUAUUCAAGAAAUUGGCCGGGUUAUAGAGAAGUUCAUCGACAAUGUGUGAAAACUAAUAAAACAUUAUCAGUCCGAGCAACACUAAAAUCACCAGCAAAACAACUGAGUGUUCGCUGUCCACCUGACGUGCAUGGGAUAACAGACAAAGCUUUACAACAAUGUGUGGUACCUAAUCAUCCGAUUGAAUGUAAAACUAAAGAACAGUUUCAUUGGAAAGAAUGGUCGCAAUGGUUGUGUGGUGUAUGUGAUAUGAAUAAACCAUAUAGUUUAGAAAAUUCAUCAUGGAGAAUGAGAGAGUGUGAAAUACGUGAAAUCAAUGGUACAUGUCUUGCUGAUGAACGUGGUAUUAUGGACACAGAAAGAGGGCCUUGUAGUCUAUGUGAAAAUGAAUGGACAAAGUGGUCUUCUUGGUCACAUUGUAAAGAACAAUGCGAAUCAACCGGCCGUCAUCGAUUUCGAACUUGUCUCGGUACUGAACAACGUCGAUGUACAUGCGAUAUUCUUCGUGAGACAUCAAAACAAAAGUUUCACGAAACAAAUCAGGCAAAAGAUAUGAUCAUUGUAUUAAAUUGUUCUCAUGAAUGGAGACCAUGCGACAGUCGACGAGACGAUGUCUGUCCACCAGUUGAUGGUGGCUGGUCAAAAUGGGAAUCUUGGGAAUUGUGUUCAACUACGUGUGGUAAAAAUGGUGUUCGUGUUCGAAAACGAUCGUGUUCACAUCCAUUUCCAACAAGUUUAGGAAAACCGUGUAACGGGAAUAGUAUCGAUUUUGAAAAAUGCGAGACAAAUUCCAUCUGUCCUAUCAAUAGUGGAUGGAGUGCGUGGUCUAACUGGAAAUGCUCAGCGACAUGUGGUACCAAUGUGACAGCUGAAAGAAAACGAACUUGUAAUAAUCCACCAGCAACAUUUGGCGGAUUACAUUGUGACGGAAACAAAACUGAGAUCAAAAUCUGUUCAACAUUGAGAACAUGUUAUACGGGUCCCUCAGAAUUCAAUUUUAUAUAUUAUUCAAUUGAUCGACAAAAUUCAAGUUUUAUCGUUAAAGAAGGCAGCACUCUCACAGUACCUUGUCGUAUUAAAACGCAAAACAAUUUUUCCUUUUCUAUUGGCCGAUUGUUAAGAUCAGUAAUGAUACAUUGGCGUUUAAAUGGUGAAGAUCUUCUUAUUGAUCCAAAACGUAUGAUAUUUGAAAAAACAUCAUUAAUCAUCUUCAAUGUACGUCCGUUUGAUAGUGGUGUAUUAGAAUGCAUGAUAUUAGUUCCUACAUUAACAGCUAUUUAUGUCCCUAUUAGUUUUUCAUCAAUAGCUGUAAUAUCAUCAGCUACUCUCAAUGUUCCUCUCUUUAAACCGAUCAUUAUCAACUGUAAUUUUAAAUCAUUUACACUAUUUAAUUCUGUAUUAAAACGGCCUCUUGUUUCAACAUACAAGUUUUCUGUAGAAUAUUCGAAACAAACUCAUCUAUCACGUAUUAUUCAGAAAAAAGAUGUUGUUUCACAAAUGGAAAAGAUACGUUUAACGAAUCAAUCGUCUCAUUCGGAUGAUAACGAAGUGAUUAAAUGUAAAGUGAAAGAAUUUGACAAAAAAAACGGGGAAAGGAAGAAUCGAAAUCUUCGAUUAUGGACAACCAAUAUUAUCAAAAUUCAUAUCUUAAAAACUCCGAGUUGGCAUCAAAAGCCAAUGGGUAUUGCUAUGAUCGUUCUUGUAUGUUUUCUUCUCGCCGGUAUUCUGCUAAUAUUCAUUGCUUAUUUUCUCAGCAGGACAUCAGAAUAUUUCCAAAAUAACUUUGUUCGAAUUUCGAAAACAUUAAGUUUAAAAGAGAUCGAUCGCAAAUCAAAACGUCAUAGUAGCAGCAAACUGAAAAAUACUGAACAAUUACGAUAUAGAUGA